GUGGAUCACACCUGCUGGGGACACGUUCGUCGGCGAGGAGUGGGUGUGAACUUGGCCGUCGCGGGACCCCAGUGGUUGUGGGGGUUCGAGAAGAGUAGCCUGUAACUCCUCACAAAGAGGAGGGGAUUGAGGCCUUAAGCCUGCCUCACCCAAGAGUGGCCAGGGAGGCCCCGAUGGCUUGGGGGGCAGGAAGAGGGAGGACCCGAGCCCAGUGGGGUGGUCGCUGGGAAAAGGGGUUGGAAAUAGGUUCAAGACAGGGCUGAGAAGUAACCGUGGGGCGGAGUCUCAGAACUGGGGCGAGUGAUGGGAGUUUUGGUGAUGAGUCUUGGUGAGUGUGGGGCAUCGAGGUUCCGGGUGAUGGGGCUGAAGGGACUGGCAGAAAAGGCAGCCCAUAUUUGGCCCCUUGAGAUGCGAGCCCAGGAUUGUUUAAUCAUCUUUCACCAGCCGUGUUCCCCUUCUUGCAAAGGGUUUAAAGUCCGUGUUCUCUGAAGUGUUUGGAAAGGAAGAAGGACAGAGGCUCUUCUGACAGCUUAGCCCCAGGAGGCAUUUAGUGAACUGAGAGCCGGGGCUCCCACCCUAAGUGGGAGGAAACUCAGGUGCUGAAAUCUUUGCCCUCCCACCCGCAGGCUGCUACCAUGAGGUUAAAUCAGAACAUCUUGCUGCUGGGAAAGAAGGUGGUGCUGGUACCCUACACCCAAGAGCAUGUGCCUAGGUAACCAUUCCCCUGACACGGGAUGCAAGCCAGCUCUCCAAGGUGCAGCGAGGAGGGUGAGCCUGACUUAACCCAAAUCUCAGAGGCUGUUUCUCUGAGAAGGAGAGACACUGGUGUGAGAAGUAAUUGCAUACGGGAAAAAGUGAAAACUGAAACAGAGGGCUAUGACCUCCCUGGAAGAAGUCAUCCAUCCCCCUGUUUCUCCCUCCCAUCCCCUCAGCUUCCUUUCUGGCCUUUCAGCCAGGAAUUCUUUUAUGUAAACUACACGUGUGCAAGAAAAAAAAGGUACUGUCUUCUAAUGAUAAAUGCGUGUCAUUCCUCUGGGGCCAGUGAAUAGGCUCAGUUCUUGGAAACUAAAUGUUAGCUUGUCAGAAAACUGAGCAGGUACCACGAGUGGAUGAAAUCAGAGGAGCUGCGGCGUUUGACAGCCUCCGAGCCGCUGACCCUGGAGCAGGAGUAUGUGAUGCAGCACAGCUGGCAGGAAGAUGCAGACAAGUGUACCUUCAUCGUGCUGGAUGCAGAGAAGUGGCAGGCCCAGCUAGGCACCAGCGAGGAAAGCUGCAUGGCGGGAGAUGUGAACCUCUUCCUCACGGAUCUAGGGGACCCCACCUUGGGGGAGAUUGAGGUCAUGAUUGCAGAGCCCAGCUGCAGGGGCCAGGGCUUGGGCACCGAGGCCGUCCUCAUGAUGAUGUCUUAUGGAGUGACCAAGCUAGGUCUGACCAAGUUUGAGGCUAAAAUUGGGCAAGGAAAUGAACCGAGCAUCCGGAUGUUCCGAAAGCUUCACUUUGAGCAGGUGGCUGUGAGCAGUGUCUUCCAGGAGGUGACGCUCAGACUGACGAUGAGUGAGCCGGAGCGGCAGUGGCUUCUCGAGCAGACCAGCCACGUGGAAGAGAAGCCCUACAGAGCUGGGGCGUCGGAGCCCCGCUGACAGCCGGCCUUGCGGACCAGCCACCCUGUGUGGAUGGGGGUGUGAGACCAGAGCCCUGCAGCGGGCACACAGAGGGGGCCUAUGGGGCAGGCUGCUCUGGCCUUGCUGCGGCCUGGGACUCUCCUCUUGGGGCCCUUCGGACUCCGGGCUGGACUUGCCUUGGCCUCCCUCUGGCCGGCCUUGUGGCUGAGCCACUCCAGGGCCAGCCCCUCCUCCUGGCCAAAGCUGGACUCAGACUCUUGGAAUCUGGAGUGGACGGCAUGAAUCCACAGGAAGAGGCAGGGUGGAGGUGGAGACGAGGGGGCGCCUGGUGAAUGGGCAGGACCUCCCUUUCCCCCGGAGGGCCAGAGGGGCCACCGAGGCUCUGCGGGAGUCAAGCGCACUGCACGCAGCUUGCCCUGUUCUCUCAUUGGGCCCGUGUGGAGGUGAACUGCCAGGAGGGCCGGCCUGCGGCAUCUGGUCCGGCGUCGUAGGGACAGGGGAGGGGUAGCUCGGUCCUGUGUCAUCCAGCAGAAGCGGGUGGGUGUGACCCUGGGAGGUCUGGAAAUAAAUGAGCUCGGCCUUGAAGGACA